CCCGGCGGGCUCGUCUCCGUUGCCAUGAGAACCUUCCAGUCUGUGUCAACCACUGUCGCCUUGGCGACGCCGCGUUUGCUCCGCCGGCCGGGCUCGGGGUGCCGGCUGGGAUGCCUCCCGAGCCCGCCCGGCGUCCCGGCCCUCGGGGCAGCCGCGAGGUCCGCCCCCGGCUCUCCCGCCGCGCUUUCAAAUCCGUCGUACCCACGGGCGGGGAGGGAGCCGGGCCUGCGGGGCCCGUGGCUCGCUCACUCCCCCGACCCCCCAGGCGGGAGAGAGCCGCGGGAGAGGGGCGGAAGCGGUGGGAGCGCGCGCGGGGGGGAGCGGGAGGGAGAGGGGCGCGCGCUACGAGCCUCCCCCCGCCCUCGGGGUUCGGAGCCGCCGGUGCCUCAGGCCAGACUCGCGCGGGGGCUGGAAGGGGCAAGGACGCCACGACCUAGGGUGACGCCAGGCAUCUCCCGGGCGACGGCUUCGCAGCAAGAUGGCGGACGAUAAAGAAAGGGAAGGCACCGAGCUAGUCGUAGCAGAAUAUCACAGAAAAAUCAAGGAGGCUUUUGAAGUGUUUGACCACGAGGCGAAUAAUACAGUGGAUGUGAGAGAGAUCGGAACAAUCAUCAGGUCACUAGGCUGCUGCCCGAGUGAAGGAGAGCUCCAUGACCUGAUUGCAGAGGUAGAGGAAGAAGAACCCACUGGAUACAUUCGAUAUGAGAAAUUUCUUCCAGUGAUGACCGAAGUACUGCUGGAAAGAAGAUACAGACCAAUUCCAGAAGAUACACUGCUUCGAGCGUUUGAGGUAUUAGAUCCAUCUAAACGUGGAUUUCUUACUAAGGAAGAGCUGAUCGAGUAUAUGACUGAAGAAGGUGAGCCUUUUUCUCAGGAAGAAAUGGAAGAAAUGCUGUCUGCUGCCGUUGACCCAGAAUCGAAUUGCAUUCAUUACAAGGACUACAUAGCCAUGAUGGUGGUGGACGAGAGCUAGGUACCCUGGACACUCAUUGAAAGGAUGACUAUAGAGAUGGCCUGCCCUCGUUAAUUUCACAUCUCAUAAUUAAUGCCCAGUGACAACUAUUUUGCAGUACUUUGGAUUGUAAAGAUGAGCACCAAUUUAUUUGGUAUGUCUAGCCUUAUGGAAUGACCAAUGGCUAAUUAUUUUAAAGCUUGUUCUUAAAAACAUUUUAACA